AUGCCGUCGUAUGAAGCGAAGCUGCUCACCGAUUUCCUCAUUGCGCCCGCGUCUUUGCGCGACUUCAUGACGCUGCGCCAGUUCACCGACAUCUUUCCUAAAGGCCACCGAUCGAAUCCCGCCAUUAAGGAGCUAUAUCGAGAGCUAUAUACACUGCGAGAGAGGGACAUCGAGGCUGUCCGCCAGGAUAUCGCAGACGAAGUCAAGAGAUCGAAGCGGCUGAAGCGCGAGUAUGCCAGAGAGAGGCGCCAGAUGGACGACGCGAAUGUAGCCGGCCUCAACCCAAUUGCACUACAGAUGGAGGAAGAGCUCUCUAGCGACCGCCGCAAGAAACCGCACACGAUACAAACUGUCCACCCGAGUAUUGAAGAGGCAUGCGAGAGCCUCAAGGCACAAAUUACAGAGAUGGAGGAGCAGAGCCACAACACUCUCGCAGAAAUCCAGGAGGUCAUCGGCGCGCUGAGUGAUCUACGGCACGGCUGGUUCGCCCAGACAGCCAGCGGUGAAGAUAUCGGAGAAGAGGUGCUUGCUACCUUGAAGAGGUUGGAGGCCGUGUGCUUGGAUCCAGCCAGCUGA